UAAUCCUAUUUAUUAUUAAUCCCUAUUCUUAUUUAUUAGCAUAUUAGAAUCGACUCAACAGAUGUGUUAUUACAAAUAUUAAAAUCAUUUGUCUCCACGAAAUUCGUUCAUAUUUCGUUCACUUGAAAAAAAUAUAAUUAAAAUUACUUUCUUCAUUAUUUUUUUUGUCGAUAAAAAUAUUUUUUUAAAAAACCCCCAAAAAAAUGAAAUUUGCCCUUGAAGCAACAAAUUCAUACGACAGUAUUCCACCAGUUUAUCUCUAUUCAGAACAAUUUAACAAUAAUUUACCAAUUUAUCACGAGGGCACCAAGUGGUUUGGCAUUUUUUUGGCAUUUCUCUCCGGUACAUUUUUCACAUUAAGUUCAGCAUUAGUUAAAGCAAUAAGAAAUGUCGAUCCAAUGGUUUUACUUGGGAUUCGUGCGUGUUUUCAAAUGACAUUAAUGUUAAUUUGCGGCUGGCGGGAAACAAAUAUUUUUGGUCCUAAAGGCCAACGCCUUCUCAUUCACUUUCAGGGAUUCGUUGGCGGAAUAACUUUGGCCCUUUUGUACUACAGUUUUCGAAAAUUACCCCUCGGCGAUGCGACAACAAUUAUUUUUAGUUCGCCCGUCAUUGUCAUUGCACUUUCAUUUAUAUUUCUACGAGAACCAUGUGGAGUUUUACGAAUUGCAGUGAUAACGGCUCUAUUAACCGGAGUUAUUCUUGUUUCAAGACCUCCUUUCAUUUUCGAGACUAGUAAACUCGACAAUUACGAUCCCCUCGGCUACACGUGUGCCCUACUGGCAACUGUCUUCACAGCCCUAAAUAUUGUUGUAAUGAGAAAAUGUGUCGAAAUUCAUUACGCCGUUAUUGUUUUUAAUCUCUCUGGUUGGACACUAAUAUCAGCGACUACAUUCUAUCUAAUAAAUUCUCAAGGUCAUAUUAAUUUUCACUUACCACACGACUGGUUCACAUGGGGUCAAAUUAUUCUCGUUGUUGUCACCGGUCUCUCUGGACAAGUUCUAGUGGCAAAAGCAUUGAAAAUUGAAGGGGCCGGUAAAGUAUCAGUGACACGUUCACUUGACAUUAUACUCGCUUAUGUUUGUCAAAUUUAUUUCUUCGACGAAGUACCAACAUUGUCAAAUAUUUCCGGUGCAAUGUUAAUUUUACUCUCGGUCAUUUGCAUGGGAUUCGAGAGAGAAAUUUAUGGUGUUUGUGAUUUUAUUCCAUGAGUAUUUUUUUUUUUUUGCUACAAAAGAAAGAAAUUUUUUUUUAGUGAAAAUUGUAAAUUUUUUUAAUAGAAUGAAAUGAUAAUAAAUUUAUUUUCCUGA